AAAGCACUCAAUCUGAUGAGAGAAUCGAACAAUUGUGUUGAUAAUUCUUUGGGGCAAAAUUAAACAGUCUUCUUCUAUAAUUACCUCCCUAAAACAAGGAUUCGCUCGUCCGGCAUGCUCUCUCCAUAGAGUCACAAGCCUUACUUCCCGGUAACUUAACAACAUCACUCUACAAUAGUCUCCGCGCCGUACUCAUGCCUAGGAAGAUCAGAAAACCGGCCUCUGCGACCGAAAACCGCGAAAAUCAGCGUCGCUCGCGUGCUCGCCGUAGAGAGCUCGUUCAGGACCUACAAGAGAAGGUCGCCCGCUUCGAACGCGAGGGGGUGCAGGCCAGCAUUGAACUACAACGGAUCGCCAAGGCUCUUGAACUGGAGAACCAUCGGCUCCGCGCGCUGCUCGACCGCAAAGGUGUCGCGCCUGAUGAGAUUGCUCGCCACCUCCGUGCGACCGGUUACGAUGAUGCGCCAACGGCCACUCACAGCUCCGAUCCUAGUCAGCAUCCUCCGCCAACAAGCAUACCGAAUAUUAGCUAUCCGAGAAGACUAGCGAAAAGUUCUAAAACUCUAACAAAUCCGCCAGCGCCAAAUGCCACGUUUCCGUCAGGCGAUACCCACUCCUCGCAGCAUCGACUCCAAGAUCGAUUGACUAGUGUCGUGUCUCCUAGGCUAGCACAAGGUCGUCCAGCGGUGUCCAUCACAUAUCCAAAUGCCGGGCCGGAGGACUAUGCCAGUAAGGGAGCACUUGCUUCGGGUGCCCAGAAGGAAAAGUUGCCACCGUUCCUCUACCCACCUCAACUAUCCACGAAUUUGUCGCGUCAUGUGAGUGGCACGAUGUCCUGUAAGACAGCCAUCGGUCUGGUGGCCGGCAUGCACCACAGCUCUCAAAAAGACGAGAUCAAGGGCUUGCUACGUUGUGGACAAACGGAUAAUUGCGAAGUCGAGACCUCGGAAGUGUUUUCAGUGAUAGAUCAGAUACUAUGAGUCUAGCAGCCGUGGG